GCGAAAGGCCAUGUCUGUUGUAGGCCGAGCAACCAUAACGACCCAUUUCCUUUGGCUUACAUGUGCAGCAUGACGGCUCUGAACGGAACACUUGUGGUGAACGGUACCACCAAUACCGCCGUACCGCUGAAGAUCCUCGUCGUUGGCGGUGGUAUUGGGGGCUUGACAGCAGCAAUCGCGCUCCGCAAGCAGGGCCAUGACGUACAAAUCUUUGAACAGUCCCGACUGGCGACAGAGACGGGUGCUGCACUCCAUCUUGCGCCAAACUCAAAUGGAAUUCUAAAGCGCCUGGGAGUCUUUGCGGAGGAGUCUGGUGCCAACAAAAUGGAACGGUUAACCGAAUACACUGCCACUGGAGAGCUGGACAGGAGUCUGGAUCUCACGGAGCCAAACAAGAGGUGGCAGCAUCAAUGGCUUCUUGCUCAUCGAAUCGAGCUCCACAACCAACUGAAAGCCAUUGUGACAAAUCCAAGAGACGACAAAGAUGCCAUUCCCUUUCACACUGCCAGCAGAGUGGUGUCUGUAGACCCUGUUGAAGCACGUGUCACGCUGGAGGAUGGUAGACACUUCCAGGGGGAUCUAGUGAUCGGUGCAGAUGGAGUCCAUUCGGUCACAAGGAGCGCGAUACCGGGAGGCAAUGUCAAGGUAUCUUGCUGUGGGAAGAGUGCAUUUCGAUUCCUGGUGCCAAAAGAAGCUGCGCUGGAAGACCCUGAAACUGCCAGGUUUGUUCAGGAUCCCGGAGAAUUGUGCAUUUGGUACGGUCCAGAUCGUCGCAUCGUGAUGUACCCUACUUCCAACAAUACAGUGCUGAACUUUGUGGUGAUCCACCCCGAGGCAGAGUCCGCGGAUGAAGCAGAGGAGACCUGGGGCCAAUCCGGAAACCUUGAAAAGAUGCUUCAGAUCUUCUCUGCUUUUGAUCCAGCGGUUCUUAACCUUCUCUCCAAGGCAGAUCCAAACAGUGUCAGGGUAUGGAAGCUCCUGGAUAUGGAAGAAAUUCCUCAGUGGCAUAAUGAACGUCUAGUACUGCUGGGAGAUGCAGCGCACCCAUUCCUGCCUCACCAGGGCCAGGGAGCCGGAGUUGCCAUCGAGGAUGCUGCCUCUUUAGCAGUGGUAUUACCUCUAGGAACUCCGGUGGAAGAAGUGCCGCUGCGACUGCAGCUGUAUGACCAGAUUCGUCACCAGCGUGCUAGUCGAAUCCAGGAGUUCUCUCGCCUAGCCGGUCGAGACCGGUCUGAGGAAACUGAGGCCCUAGAUAUUUAUGGCUUCACAAACUACAACUUUGGCCACGAUGAAUGGGACAAUUCAACACAAAAGCUACGAGAGUGGACAUGGAAUCGCAUCCCUAAGCCUUACUGGCGUAUGCCCAUUGCUUUUGGGCCCAUGCCAGGUCCCCGGCAGACUCAUUUAGGGGUCCCUCGAGAUGGAAGUAAAUCCACGUUCACCACCGCCUCUAUCAAGUUCAAAACCUCUCGCACUCUACUCCAGAAUCUGUUCCCCCCAGAUCGACAGGGAUGGCGUUUUAGCUCCCCAGAUACGAUUGCUUACGCGUCAUUCUCGCAGACCACCCUCGACAAAAUGGAGUGGCUUGGUGGAUCCGGGUACAAGCAUAUUGGGCUGUACAUCCAUGGGGUGGAAUAUGUCAAGAAGGACGGCAGUGUUGUGAAGGGUUCAUAUCUGCCCAUUCUUUUUGAAUCCCUCACAGAUCCAAUUGUCUCUGGCCGUGAAGAACUCGGCAUGCCGAAGUUGUACACAUCUGUGGACGUUUACCGCCGCGCCACUUCUUAUCGUAUUCGCACCGGUUGGCAGGGAGCUCUGUGGGGGAACUUUCUUCUCGAGAACCUAGUUGAGGUAGACCCAUCCUCGGCUACUGGUGGCAUCAGCGGCGAGGCUGACGAGGGAAUUUUGGCAUACAAAUACCUCCCCAAGUCUGGCCGUGCGAACAAAAACAUACCGGCUGAGGAGUACCCGAUCUUUGACCCAUUUUCCGAAGCUGUUCCGACGCCCCGGCCGCAAAGAAUGUUCACCACCACCCAAGCAAGCUUCCAAAUAGACCCCCUCGAUUGGGAGCAACUCCCGACUCUCCAUCAUGUCAUCUCGCGGUUGGCAGAGCUCCCUGUGUAUGAAAUUGUUGGUGCCAAGCUGGUCGAAGGGGAGGGGGUACCUGAUGUGUCUGGAGCCCGACCUAUUGAAUAGUUUGUUUUUGAUGCAGGAUAUAAUAUCCAGGAAGAUUAAGAUUGGUUUAUUCAAUGUAAUGUAG